UUUAUGAAGUUUUUAUGUGUCUAUACAGUUAUAAGUUUUUUGACUUUAAGAUAGUCAAUUUGGCCUUUCUUGUGUUAAUGUGAAAAUAAAAUUUGUUUUUCUUUAUUUGCAGUACUUUGGUAUGCGGAUGGUGUGUAUGGUUAUUCAUUUCUAAGAAGCCUUUAUGAUGUAUGUUGCAUUGGUUUAGUAUACCUUCUUUUGGGAGUUUUCAUUGGUUUAGUAUACCUUCUUUUGAAGUUUUCAUUGGCUCCAAUAAUUUUCAAGAGCCAACAUUAAAAGAAUCUGAAACUGAUCCAUCGAUGAAAAAAGAUAACGAAAUUAAGCGACUUAGCGAAGCUUCUUACGAAAAGAUAUCUUUGCCAUUUCCCAUGAGUGACAACGACUAUGACGACAUUGACAAAGCUCCUUCUACAGCAGUACUAGAUGAUAACAGUGAAGUCACCAUUGGUGUUUCGCCUUCCACAUCAAAACCUGAUGCAGAUGAUAAUUUGGAUGAACACUUUUGGAUGAACCCAAGCUUUUUAGAAGAAGAGGGAAAACAACGUUUGGAAGAUCAAGAAUUUUUGCGCCAACCAUGGAAAUGUUUUGAUAAAUCAAUAAUACAUCAGGAAAAGUUUAAAGAGAUGGAGGAAUAUGGACGCAAACAUCCAGAAAAAGUUACACUGCUCAGUGAAUUGCGUGUAAUUUUCAUGAAGGAGUUUUUGCUUGGCAAGGGAAGUGAUGGAACCCGUGUUUACCUUGCCCUGGGAAACAAUGGUUAUGGAAAAGCAGUAAAGCGAAUACACAAAGAUAGCGGCAAAGACUUUGCAAAUCGAGAAAAAGAAAUUUUUAAUGAGUUGAAUGCAAGGCGUUCAAAUUAUGUUGUGAAUUUUUGCCAUUUAGAAGAGAACUUUGACGAAGAGUAUUUGUACAUGAUAUUAGAUUUGUGUGAAGAAUCGUUAGAGAGUUAUGUGAAAUCUUCUUCUCUGCAAGAUCUUCAAAAAGUCGUUCCUACAAUUCUUAUGCAGAUUUUAAAAGGUUUAGCUGAUCUUCACAGUGGUCCGUGUCCUAUACUUCAUAGGGAUUUAAGACCAACAAACGUUCUUCGAGAUGUACAAGGAAAUUUUUUAAUUGCUGACUUUGGAAUAAGUCAUAUGUUAUCUAAUGAAACUUUGACACAUCAAAGCAUACAGAGAGGAGCUAAAAAUUGGAUAGCUCCAGAGUCAUAUAACGCAUCAGAUGAUACAAUUAAUAAAGUUCGUUACAAAAAAGAGUCUGACAUUAUGAAUGCCGGAAUGGUGGCUUAUUAUGUUGCAACAAAGGGAAAACAUCCUUUUGGAAUUGAACAGCAUAGACUGGACAACAUUUUGAAUGGAAACCCAGCUGGCUUGAACGAAAUCAAGGAUGCCACGUUUAAAGACCUUUUAUCGUGGAUGCUACAGUUAAAACCUGAAGACAGGCCAUCUGCCAAUGAGGCGUUAAAACACCCUUAUCUACAAUCAGAUGAAGAGAAAUUUAGCAUGCUGUGUGAUAUGGGGAACCAACUGGAGGUGAAACAUUCACAAAGUCAAAAUUCUCCCCCUUCAGAUGUUCAUAAGCAGUUGCAUGGCUCCACAGAAUGGAUGAAGCGUAUCGAUGAUGAAGUCGUCAAAGAUUUGAUCAACUUUGAAGUAAACGACAAUAUAAGAACUCUAAAGUACGAGUCUACAUGGGCAGGAUGCUUAAGAUUUAUGCGAAACGUUGACCAACAUUGGCAAAAUAAGCCUCGUCCGCAUCUAUCACAAUAUGUGAAGCAAGGCAAUUAUAAAGAGUAUUUCCUGCAACGUUUUCCUGAACUUCCUCUUCUGGUGCACAAAGUCAUUAGGUCACUGGAAAACUAAACCUGAUCACAAGAGUAAUGAAGAACAUCGUGCAAUUGUUCAGGAUUUGUUUACACUAUCUACUCAUAAGUUUUAUUGUCUCGCUUUUAAAUUUAAUGACUUUUUAUUUAAACACUUUCUCACUCGAUACUGAAGUCUUAUAAUUAAUUAUGUAAUAUAUACUGUGAAAAAUUUUAAUCUCCGCAAAUGGAUAUGAUUACUUAAAAUAUUUAUAAUGGGACUGAAAAUAUUACUAAUUCGAAUGUACAGUCAUGUAGUGGCAAUGUAUCCCUCGCAAUACAUGACAUUCAUGUUGUUAAAUGAAUUAAAAUUGUAUGUGGCUGCUACUCAAAAAUAUUUAGGUUUUGAGCGUUGGAGAUUUACCUCAUCGCAGAAUACAGCGAGGAGUUAAAAUUGGUAACUCCAGUCAUAUGAUCUAUCCAGCAUCCAAUCAUCAAUGUAUCUUGCUACAAGAAACAGUCUGAUGUUAUGAUAAGUGUUUGUUGUAGACAUUUAAAUGUAGUUGAACUCUGCAAAUAACAAAUAAAGUCAAUUUUUGACGUUUCAGUAUCCACCACCACUAA